AAAACAGGAGAAAAAAACAGAAUUACCACUCAAAGAAGCAAAGACAAAUUGAAACUCAUAGACCUUUGCCAUUUACCUUCCCAAUUUAACAAUCUUGUCACUACAAAGAGUCGCUAAGAUGAGCCGACAUCCUUUGGUGAAAUGGGCAAGAAGUCUGAUAAGCUGUACAUAACUGUUGAACUUCCUGAUGCGGAAGAUGUGAAGCUCAAAUUGGAGCCUGAGGGAAAAUUUUGGUUUGCUGCUACUAGCGGAGCAGAGAAGAUGCCCUAUGAAGUUGACUUUGAUCUAUUUGACAAGGUUGAUGUAAAUGAGAGCAAGGGUGGUAUAACCUCAAGACAUAUCAGCUACCUUGUGAAAAAGGCUGAGAACAAAUGGUGGGACAGAUUGUUAAAGCAGGGGGGAAAACCUCCUGUGUUCUUUAAAGUUGAUUGGGAUAAAUGGGUCGACGAAGAUGAGGAACAGGGGAAUAAGUUCGAAACUGAUGUAGACUAUGGAGACUUAGAUUUUUCUAAACUAAAUAUGGGUGAAGGCAUGAGCUCUGGUGCUGCUGGCUUGGAUGAUGAAAGCGAUGAUAGUGACACAAAAGAGGAGAAUCUCGAAGGACCAUCACUGUCAGCGAACAUGGAAGAAGCGUCACUAACGGAGGACAACAAGGCAUCAUCAACUCCCGGGGAUGCAAGUGAUGUCAGGAGAGUUUGACGUUUCUCAUUAGUAGUGUUUAGAAACAAUGUAGUUGCUCUUGUAUGUGUAUAGCUAAGUCUUGUAACAUAAGCAUGAGAUAAAUGCUUUACUUGAUGAGUUGUUAGUUUAACACCCAAAUUGCUUGUAGAGUUUUCAAUAUUAUUGGAGAAUAGAUCUGCCU